CAGCAGCUUAGGCUGAGAUAGAAGUGUGCUGGACAGUCAGACCCGAGGUGACAACUGACUGAGUGACAGGGGACACUGACCCUUCCGCCAUGUACUGAGGGCCACCAGCAGACCCAGAUUCCACCACACAGGGGGGGCACCACCAGACCCCGCCGCACAGGGGCCACCACCACACAUUCUGGUACAGUAAAGAUUACCACGUAGUAUCCUUCACCUGAACAGGUCGGGGCUGGGGGAUGCCGAAAUGUCCCUCAUUUGCCUGUCGGACUUUGAAGCCUACGCCAGAGAUCAUUUGCCUAAAGCCACCUGGGAGUAUUAUGCCGCGGGGGCCGAUGACUGCUGCACGCGGGAUGACAACUUGCUCGCCUUCAAACGUAUCCGGCUGAGACCUCGUAUGCUGCGAGACGUGUCGGUGACAGAUACAAAGACCACGAUUUUGGGAACGGAGGUCAGCUGUCCGAUCGGCAUAGCCCCCACCGCCUUCCACUGCCUGGCAUGGCCGGAUGGAGAGAUGAGCACCGCCAGAGCGGCUGAGGGUCUCAAUCUGUGCUACGUGGCCAGCACCUACUCCACCUGCUCGGUGGAAGAGAUCGUAGCCGCGGCACCUGAAGGCCUACGUUGGUUCCAGCUCUACGUGUACCGCGACCGCAAGCUGUCCGAGGGGUUGGUGCAUCGGGCCGAGGCGCUGGGCUUCAAGGCUUUGGUGUUGACCGUGGACGUUCCGUAUACGGGCAAGAGGAGGAGCGACAUACGGAAUAACUUUCGUCUCCCGCCACAUCUCAAGGUCAAAAACUUUGAAGGAGUUUUUGAGGAUCAGUGCGGUCCUGACAACUAUGGUGUCCCGGCCAACACCCUGGACCCUUCUAUCAGCUGGAAGGAUAUUUAUUGGCUCCGGAAUCUAACCCGCCUGCCAAUCAUCAUCAAGGGAAUACUGACUAAGGAAGACGCAGAGUUGGCAGUAGAGCACGGUGUCCAGGGCAUCAUCGUAUCCAAUCACGGAGGGCGCCAGCUGGACGGAGAACUCGCCACGAUCGAUGCUCUUUCCGAGAUCGUAGAGUCGGUCCAGGGACGGAUUGAGGUGUACAUAGAUGGCGGAAUACGAACAGGAAGUGAUGUCCUGAAGGCCUUGGCCCUGGGAGCAAAGUGUGUGUUCAUUGGACGGCCCAUUGUGUGGGGUCUUGCCUACAAGGUUGCCGCAACGUUUCCGAGAUCAACCGAAACCUCGUUCAGUUCUCCAAACUUUAGACGGCGGCGGCGCCCAAUCGCUGUGCAGGAGCUGGAAGAAAAGAAAACCCCGCCCCCUUCCAUGAACCGGGAUCCAGUGAUUAAUUGUGAAUCCUGAGCUUUGAUUGGUGGAUUAUAAUUACUCCAAGUGCCUUACGAUAGGAUGGAUCUGAGCCCUCCCCCCACAUGAUUUGUAGGACAGGACCUCUUUAUAGAAACCGAUGGCGACUAAUCAAUACAAUAGAAAACUCCGCCCCUCAACCGCAUUCUCUUCACUUCUGCAAACCUUUUCUAAGAAAUAAAAGGGACCCCCCCCCCCCCGUCAGAUCUUGGCGUCCUGCGCGGUAUUAUUAACGCACGUGGGCUGGCAGUGCAUCGAAAACGCCCUAAAAAAACAGACGGGCGCCAUUUUUUGGGCAAACGCAGCUCGCCACAACCCCGUGCCAACCGCAUUUGUGCGAGUCGUGGCGCUCUGCCAUAGCUGAAAUGCCUAAGGCUGCGUUGGCGCUGUACAUGGGUGCGACGUCCCGCGAGUCGAACGUAUUGUAGCAUGUUUGUUUCAAAGGGCUGCGCUAUACGUAUAAAAUACGGGGCGGAAAAAGUCCUUGACUCUCAUUUUUCCACAAAUUGUGCCGAAAAAAAAAAAGAAAAGCAGAUGCAUGGGAAGGCCAUUGACAUUUUAGUGGCACCGCCGCUUGUCUGAUAAAGGGCAGGGCCAGUUUUUUUUUUUGGGGGGGGCGGUAAACAACCACACUCCCCCCCCCCUGAUCGCUGUCUUACCCAAUCUAGGUAUCGGGCAUCAGGAGGCAUGCAGCAGCAUCAGGCUUCGGGCAUCAGGUGGCAGGUCUCGGCAUCAGGUGGUGGGCGGCGGGCAUUGGGCAGCGGCCUCAGGCGACGGGCAUCGGGCAGCA